AUCACACAAAAACACGCACGCUCACCCAAUAUAAUAUAAAAUCCUCUUUUAUUUUCUCACUCAAAACCCUCUUUUUUUUCAAGAUUUUCUUGAACAACAUACAUUCAAGAAUCACAUGUGUCACUUAAUCUACUCAUGAAGAAAGUGUUGGUUGUUCUAUCUUCCAAAAGGGUAUUGGUAUUGAUCCAAGAACACUCCAACCUACUAAAAAUCCAAUCUUUACAGUUCACACACUUGAAGGUGAAAACACACACACACACACACAUAAGUUUUCUCCAAGAUUCUGACCUUCUGUCAGGUUGAUGAUUUUUGUAGCAUUUCAUAUCUGCUAACAUGCGCCUCAUGAAACGAAAUCUUGCAUCUUUUGAUUCUUUUUCACCUCCUGUUUAUCCUCCACCUUCAUCUUCUUCUAAUGACCCUAAACCUAAAUUAACCUUAACUUUUACAAGAAACAUUGUAAUUGUGUUGGGUAUAAUGUUGUUCAUCUUUGUGUUACUUCACUUUGUUCUAAGAUGUCUCAUCAAGAAGAAAAGAUCAUUACUUUCUGGUCAACAAUCUUCAAGAUUUCAAGAACCAAGUGAUCCUGAAGCUGUUGCAUAUGAAAGACAGUUACAACAGCUUUUCACUCUACAUGAUUCUGGUUUAGAUCAAGCUUUCAUUGAUGCAUUACCAGUGUUUCUUUACAAAGAUUUAAUGGGCUUACAUGAGCCUUUUGAUUGUGCAGUCUGCCUUUGUGAAUUCUCACAACAAGAUAAACUAAGGCUGCUGCCUUUAUGCAGUCAUGCUUUUCAUAUCCAUUGUAUAGACACAUGGUUGUUGUCAAAUUCUACUUGUCCUUUAUGCAGGGGUACCCUUUUCAACCCUGAAGCAGAAAGUCAAGUGGUUGACUUUCAGUUUGAUGAUUUAGUGGAAGAAGAUGAUCAAGGGCAUUCUGGUAAUUUGAAGCAAGUUGGAGGGGGGGUUGAGAAGAGGGUGUUUCCAGUUAGACUUGGCAAGUUUAGAGCCACAAAUGGGGAUGAUAUUGGAAAAGAAGUUGGUGAGACUAGUAGUAGUAACAUGAAUGUUGUUGAUGCAAGAAGGUGUUUUUCUAUGGGAUCUUAUGAGUAUGUGGUGGGUAAGUCUGAGUUGCAAGUGGUGUUUUGCCCUAAUAGGGGUAAUAUUGGAAAGAAAGAUUUGGGGAUUGAGAAAGAUAAGGGAGUUGAUGGGGGUAAUGAUGGGAAGAAAAUUAGUAGUAGAAGCAAAGGUGAAAGCUUUUCUGUUUCCAAGAUUUGGCUUUGGUCAAAGAAAGAUGAUAAUCAUAAGUUUGAUGAUUCAUCUGUUAAUGUAAGUUUACCAUCAAGAAAUAAUCUAAAUGGUGGUAAGUUUUCUAAUUAGUUUAGGUUAUGAAGUGACUUGUACACUGGUUUGAAUAUGAGAUAAUAUGAAAAUUUUAAAUUGUUGGUGAAGCUUUCAUAGAAUCAUAGGCUUUUGUUUUUACCUUUUUACUUGUGAUUUGGUUUGGUUUGGUUUGUGGAAGUGAUUGAUUUUGUGUCUUUAUGUGACUUGCUUUAUUGAAGGUGACAAAAUGUACUCCACACUUUUAUGUUUGUAUUGGAAUUUGGUUCAUUUUCCCUCC